GCAAAACUGCCCCGAAGCAAACGGGCACCGUGAGAUGCAGAUCAAACCGCAGGCACGCCACCACCCAUCCCCCUGUUUUAAGGCCCCAAACCCUCUCGAAUCCGCCCCUCUCCUGCGCCGUCGUCCUCCUCCUCCUCCUCGCCUCCCCGCGGCCACACCUCGACUCGCUCCCUCCCUCGAGUAGAUCAUCUGUGUCAUCCUUUUGAGGCGAGAUGGCGGCUACAUUCAAUGUUAACGCUGAGGCAGGCCUUCAAAAGCUUGAUGGCUACCUUCUGUCUCGCAGUUACAUCUCUGGAUACCAAGCUUCCAAGGAUGACUUGGCUGUGUAUUCUGAGUUCUCAGUUGCUCCACCAUCGACCUGCACCAAUGUUGCAAGGUGGUACAAUCACAUUGAUGCGCUCCUGAAGCUGAGCGGGGUUACUGCGGCCGGUCAAGGUGUGAAGGUUCUGUCAUCAGUUGUCCCUGAAACCUCAACUACUGAUGUUGCUGAGGCUCCUGCAGCUGAUGAUGACGAUGACAGUGAUGUUGACCUUUUUGGAGAGGAAACCGAAGAGGAGAAGAAGGCAGCUGAAGAGCGUGCUGCCAAAGCAAAGGCUUCUACCAAGAAGAAAGAAUCUGGCAAGUCGUCAGUUUUGCUUGAUGUUAAGCCAUGGGAUGAUGAGACUGACAUGGUCAAGCUUGAGGAAGCUGUCCGAAGCAUCAAGAUGGAGGGCCUUCUGUGGGGCGCUUCCAAGCUCAUGCCAGUUGGAUAUGGCAUCAAGAAGCUUCAGAUUAUGAUGACCAUCAUUGAUGACCUUGUGUCUGUUGACACUCUGAUUGAAGACCAUCUCUGCGUCGAGCCAGCCAACGAGUACAUCCAGAGCUGUGACAUUGUUGCCUUCAACAAAAUCUGUAAGUUCCUUGUGCCCGUUUAAUUUCCUAGCCUACCCGUGAUGUUACUGGCUGUCCAUUCCACACUAGGACUGUCUGUGUCCAGUUGUGGUAUCCAUUUCAUCUACACCAGCCAUUUGUACUAACUUCGGUAAACCUGUUUUCCUGCAGAAAUCUUCCUGAGGCAAGUGAUGGCGGUCGGUGGACAAUGCAGCAGCACAAA